AUGAGAAGCAGCCAAGGACGUAACACAGCCAACUUUGGAGAAGAUCUGGACCUCGAGCGAACAAAUUGCGCGAUUCACUCUUCGAACCCCUGCUCUGCUCCAAAUAUGAAGCAUCUUCGGUAUGGUUUUAAUUUGCCUAUCAGCUGGGGAUAUAUGGAUUACGCCGGCCAUGCUAUCGCUCCGGGCAACUACCCUCCUUCUGGCCAGCAAUGA